AUGACUAUUGCUGCAUAUGCGUAUGAAACAAAUGAAGCAAGAAGAGCACAUGAACUAGUAAACGAAAACUCAACUUUAACCAUUGAAGGCAAUGAUUUAGUCAUUGACGAUGGAAAAACUAAAAAAGUCAUUGAUUUCGAUACUUUUAACACUUAUGACCCAUUCAUUACAACAAGCAAGGUUCCCAUCAUAAAUGAUGGAACGGUGCAAUAUAUAAAUUCAACAGUAAAUGCCUCAUUAGUGAAAGUACUGAAUGUUCUCAUUGAAUUGUUAAAGAGCUUUCGAUUUGACGACAGCAUUAAAUGCCUAAAGAAUUUAGUCAUGAAUGAGAAACAAAUUCUCGGCGUUGCUGGUAGCAGUAAUGAUGUACACCUUAUGACAUUAGAAUAUUAUAACGAACAUAAAGAUGAACUGAAAGGAGAGAAGG